AUGGCCGGACGCAAGAUCAAAGAUCCUAAAGUAUUUGUCUGUGCUCUCAUUUUUGGUAUCUGCUUCGUCGGCAGUAUCACGCUCUUUAUUGUGGGUGGUACCUUUUUUUCACUAGAACGUCCAAAAGUAAUAAACUAUGCCAAUAGUGAGUGUUUAGUUCGUACCAGUUCUUAUAAAACUUAUCGAUGCAAAUCACGAUAUACUUGGUACACUUGUUAUGGUCCUGUGUGGGAUGCAUAUUAUGGAGAAAAUAAAACGAUACCUGCACUAGUCGAAUUCAAUAGACGAUAUAGUUCAUAUCGGGAUGCCAUAAACAAAGCCAAUGAAUAUAAGGUUGGUUCAUCAUAUUCAUGUUGGUAUGAUACUAGACAUCCAACAGUUGCUCAAUGGGACAAACCAAGUACUACAGUAUCUAUUAUUCUUCUGUGUAGUGGUGGAUUAUCAAUAUUCCUCGCUGAAAUUUGUUCAAAUCCUGAAUUUAUUGUUAAAGAAGCAAAUCGAUUCGAUCUCGAUCAAGGUCAAUUAGGCAAUUGUUGGUUUAUUUCUGCUGUUAGUAUGAUAACACAAAAUGCUACGAUUUUCGAACGUGUUUGUCCACUUGAUCAAACUUAUGAUAAAAAAUACUAUGCUGGGAUAUUUCAUUUUCGUUUUUGGCAGUUUGGACAAUGGGUGGAUGUUGUUGUUGAUGAUUACUUACCAACAAUAAAUAAUCGUUUAAUUUUUUGUCAAAAUAUUAAAGAACCAAAUGAAUUUUGGGCAGCUUUACUCGAAAAAGCUUAUGCUAAACUGAGUUAUUCAUAUGAAGGUACAGAUGCUGGACAAACAACUGAUGCUCUAAUUGAUAUGACUGGAGGGAUAGAAGAAUCAUUUAAUACAAAAGAUAUUAAAGAUAAAGAUCAAUUUUGGCAAACAAUGGGUAUAGCAUUAAAACAUGAUGCAAUGGUCGGUUGUUCUAUUACACCGGAUCCAACUGAACGUGAAGCUAAAAUGACUAAUGGUUUAAUUAAAGGUCAUGCGUAUGCUGUAACAGCUGCUGUUCGUGUUAAACUGACGACAAACGAAAUAGUUCAAAUAGUUCGUUGUCGAAAUCCAUGGGGAAAUGAAGUUGAAUGGAAAGGUGCCUGGAGUGACGGAGAUUUAAACAAUUGGAGUAAAGUAGAUCAACAUACCAGAGAACAAUUACAUUAUCAAAAACAAGCCGAUGGAGAAUUCUGGAUGCUUUAUUCUGAUUGGUUAAAAAAUUUUGAACAAAUACAAAUAUGUAAUCUUUCACCUGAUUCAUUCGAAGGACAACUUACUACUCAACAAGGAAAACAUAUAACUUGGCGUCAAACACAAUUUGAUGGUGCUUGGAUAAAAGGACAAACAGCUGGUGGAUGUGGUCAACCGAGAGUUGAGAAAUUUUUUACUAAUCCUCAAUAUUUAAUAACUAUAACAAAAACAGACAUUGAAGGUGGUGAUGGCUUAUGUACAGUAAUAUGUGCUUGUCUUCAAAAAUAUACACGUCAAAAACGACAACAAACUGGUGUACAACAAGCUGAAGAAUAUAUUAAUUUACGUUUAUAUAAAAUCAAAGAUUCUAUCGAUAUGUCCCAAGUAGGGGAAGGUCAUAAAUAUUAUCCGAAAGAUCUUGAACGACAAGAUGAUACAGGUGCUUAUAUUAAUAAACGUGAAGUUGUCGGACGAUUUCGAAUUAAACCAGGACAUUAUAUUCUUAUACCAUCAACCUACGAACAAGAUAAAGAAGGUGAAUUUCUUAUUAGAAUAUUUACUGAAGGUGGAUCAACUGGACAAUCAUUGAAUAUAGAACAACCUGAUACAGGUCCACCAUCACCAACAACUAGAAAUGAAAAGUACGAAUUUAAUGAUGGAAAAGGUGAAGAUCAAAGUUUUAGUGUCAUGCAAUGGUAUGAGAAAUUACCUGAAUCACAACGAAGUUUACUCAAAUAUGGUGGUAUUGCAACAGUUGGUGUGGGUGUUCUAUGUUGUCUUGGUUUUUUCAGUAGAAAAUAUUGUUGUAAGAAGAAAAAGUCUAAUAAAAAUAAUCAACCUGUUUUAGAAUAUUAA